AUGUACGUAUCGUCGGUGCAGGGAGGAGUUGUGACGAAGGAGGACAUGCACGAGUUAGCGAUGCUGACGGCGAUGGCGCUCCAGCAGCGUUGCACUGAGCAGCGUCACUACGAGCCAUUUGAGAGCACCAUAUUCCACAGUUGCCGUAUUCCGCAGAUAUCCUUGUGGGACUACGUGCGGCGUAUAGCCAAGUAUUUUGCCUGCUCCCCAAGUUGUUUUGUACAGAGCAUUAUCUUCCUUGAUCGCUAUGUUGAGGCGAGUAACAUUCCAAUCACAUUCCACAAUGUACACCGACUGAUGAUUACGGCGGCGAUGGUGAGUGCGAAAUUAAAUGAUGAUGCAUGCUAUAACAAUGCGUAUUACGCACACAUUGGGGGUAUCAGCAACGCGGAACUGAAUUCCUUGGAGCUAGCGUUCUUGAAGACGAUUGGGUGGUGUACAUGGGUGGAGCCGAAUGAAUAUGAAAGGUACUUUUUACACUUGCAGCUGGUUUUCGCAACUUCACUGGGGUCUGAGAUAACACCUCAGGCUCCUGGGUAUGCCAUCAAUGGAAUAGGGGUGGAAUAG